CUAGCUUGUCUUGGUUGGGCGUUGGACAAACAUAGUCUCCACAUUUUCCCACCCAUGAACCCCGCAUUUCUCGCUACAUGUUCUAAGAUCAUUAUAUACUGAAGAGGCUCUUGUCUUGAUAAUUUUCCUUCAACCAUGACAGCUAUUUGAUACGAGAGUCAAAAAUGCUGGACCUCGCCGUUGCGAUUCCCACUCUGGUGGGCAGUGCAUUGUCAAUGACCGCUGCGGGUUUUGUAUUUCUAUGCUACCUAUUGUUGCCAUCUCAACUACAUUUUCGACAUAUACUCAUUAGAAAUUUGGCUGCCGCAGGUGAGGAACCCUUCUGUAAUUGUCAGUUUUGGCUAUUGAUUUCAUGUGCAGAUUUCUUGAAUGGUUUAAACAAUACGGUUUCUGGCACAUAUGCUAUGAUACACAGAGCUAUUCCUCCAGGGUUUGGUUGCAAUGUCAACGGACUGGUUGGACAGCUGACAGUUCAGGUAAUUCCACUUAAAUAUCCGCCUUUUUUCCAGAUGGCAAGCUAACAACUAAAAGGGGACUGAUUUUUCUAUACUCGCCAUUGCCAUUGCCACUGUCAUUACAAUCAAAAGAUCCAACUUCAAGCCUAGCAUGUCUAGCAAACGAAAGGUAUUAGUCACUUUUGGAAUCUGGACGGUUCCUCUCACAACAAGUAGGUGCUAAUUCCGUGGACGUAAAAUACUUAGUACUUAUUUCUUUUCUUUUAGGUUUCACUGGACUGUUCCUAGAUGAUUAUAGGCCUGUCACUGGAAAUUGGUGCUGGCUGGAUGCCAAAAAACCGGCACUUCGCUAUGCCCUCGGACACGGAUGGCGGAUUACUAUCAUCAUUACUGUGGCAUCACUCUACGCCUAUCUAUUUUUCUAUAUUCAGCGACAUUUCUCCCUGAUGGACAAAGUUCUCUCUGCUUCUCGUUCGAGUAACUGUGAAGUUACUGAAGAAGUUCAAAUAUAUGAAGAUUUCGUCAUCGACGAAGUGAUUGAGGAUGGGGAAGCUGCCGAUUACUUUUCACAUCCAGGUUCUCCAGAAGAAAAGUCAAGCCGGAAACUUGACGAAAAAGUCGGACCUCUAUCCCCUUUCCGAGAGAUAUCACAAAAGCUUCACCCUUCCAGAACCAUGAUUGACCGUCCCAUUUUCGAGACAUCCGACCCUCUCGCUCUGGUCCGCCGUCCCUUGCUCGCACCGUCGUUCAUGCCGACAGUUACGACGACCUGCACAGCACCGCCCACACUCCAGCAACGAAAGAGGCGAAUCCAACGUCUUCUUCUUGUGAACGCAUAUCCCAUUGCUUAUAUUCUUCUUUGGAUACCUGGUCUAGCAAAUCGAGUCUUUGAGAGUGUGGGAUACUCCGCACGGUGGAUCAGAAUCUUGCAGGCGAGUACACAGUUUGUAGGGUUUGCAAAUGCCAUUGUCUAUGGGUACAAUGAAAGAAUCGUAGCACGAGCUAUGCUGUGGUGGAGUGGAAAAGGUCGACCGACUUAGCCAAAGGGAUGCGGGCCAUUUUAGAUAUUCUGGAUGGGGAUAGGAGUUAGGAGUGGGAGAAAUUGGAAUCGAGGAGCCAGGGCUUCUGAUCAGGUUGAUCUGACGACUUUUAAAACUUGACUUUUCACAUUCUAUGCACAUAUAAAC